AUGUGGAUCACUGGGAUAGACUGGGAUGAACCAAUGAAAGAGGAUCAAGCAAAGAAGGCAAGACAAUGGUUCCAAGAGCUCAAUUCUCUACAGUGCGUACAAGUUCCCCGAUGCCUACAACCUAACUUUGGUGGACUGAUUUCAACAAGUUUACAUUCAUUUGCUGAUGCUUCAACGCCGGGGUAUGGAGCAGUGGUGUACCUAAGAAGCGAGUACAAAAGCGGGAUGGUUGCUGUACGAAUGGUCGCUUCUAAAUCAAAGGUCGCACCUCUGACAGCCAUGAGUAUAGKACGACUGGAGUUGAUGGGCACGGUGUUGGGUUUGAGAUUGAGUGUGUUGAUAGCAAGGGCACUAGACAUUGAUCCAAGCAUAACCACGUAUUGGUCAGACAAUUUUGUUACGAGAGGGCUGACAGUCCCAGAACUUGCUGAGAAGAAUUCAUGGUGGGAAGGACCAAGUUACCUGAAGGAGAAACCAUCAGAAUGGCCGAUAAACAAGCUCACAACUGUCAGGGCAUCUGAUACGGAGGUCAGGAAGAGCAACAAGUGCCAGCUAGACCCCAGCGAUGGAAGAGACAGAAUGAUGGUAACAAUCGAAGGAGACGGUGAAUCGCGCUUAGAGCCAAAACGUUUUUCGAGUUGGUUGCGACUAACCAGAAUCCAAGCGAGGAUUUACCGCUUCUUGAAAAACUGCUUACUUCCAAAUGGUAGACGAACAAGGGGUGAGCUGACUGUCGAGGAAAUCCAAGAUGCUGAGAUCAGAAUCAUAAAAGCCGCACAGAGGUUGUUUAAAGAAGAGUGUUCAGCGCUAUCCUCUGGAAAACCACUUCCCAUGAGCAGUAAAUUGCUUACAUUAAAGCCAAGACUGGACGAAGACGGCGUAGUGAGAUCCGAUGGUCGAUUAGAGAAUGCCGAAUACUUACCAUACGAUGUCAAGUAUCCCAUAAUAUUGCCAAGAAAAGAGUGGGUAACAAAACUGAUAGUAAGGUGGUAUCAUCAACAAGGAAAUCACCCAUCAGGGACACACCAAACGUUGGCAAUGCUUUCGUCGCGUUUCUGGCUAAUGCAACGUCGAGAAGAAAUUAGAGAAUGCAAAGGAGAAUGUUAUGAGUGUCGAAGAAGAAAGGCAAAGGCAGCUCAGCAGGUUAUGGCACCUCUGCCAAAGAUCAGGUUGAAGAUGCCACCUCGUGCUUUCUCUCGCACAGCAGUGGAUUUUGGAGGCCCAUUUAUGAUGAUCCAAGGAAGAGGAAAGCGUAGGGCCAAACGAUACCUUUGCCUGUUCACAUGUUUAACUUCGAGAGCUUUACAUCUAGAGAUUGCAUAUGGUCUCGACACUGAUUCGUUUUUGAAUGCGUUUUGUCGAAUGGCAAGUCGGCGAGGACUGCCAGAAGAAAUGAUCUCUGAUAAUGGAAACAAUUUCGUGGGAGCUGAUCUAGAACUGCGAGAGCUAAUAGAGAAACUAGACAAAGACAAGAUUGCAAGUUCAACUGCUAAUAGAGGAGUAACCCUCCUCUAG